AUAAUAUUGUAUAAUUCAAAUUAUAAGAAAUCAAAAAUUAUUUUGAAGUUGAUAUUUGUUAGUUUCUUUAAUUUAUGUCUAAGUAAAAUUUGUAGUCAAAAUUUUAUAGGAAACACAAAUUCCGUUUCUAAUUAAAGUAGAUUUUGCAGUAUUAUAAAUAAUGAAGCUACUCAUAUAUUUUUCUUGUGUAGAGAAGUGUAGAGAAAAUUCAAAGAUAUGUUAAGAUCACGAGAAAAUAAAUAAAAAAUAAAAAUAAAAAACAUUAAUGCUAAAAGGAAAAAGAAGGUCAAUAUUCAAUAAGUCAAUCACUUUGAAAAUACGGACUUCCUCGUUAGCACGGUGAACAUGGUUUGUGUUCUGUCAUCGUCACAUAAUAUUGAUAUUACCAAACCAAGACAAUCUAAAAUCUGGUUCUAUAAAUAUGUUUUAUGUACCCAAAAACUCUCCUACUCUCAAACAACUCCUCACAGCACAACAACAAUGGGCUUUGACGAUGAUAUUGAAGAUCACCCAUAUCUUCAUCGAAAAAGCAAAUAUGAUCUUAAUAGCAAGAUCAUGUUAACAGCCAUCAUUUCAUUAUCUAUAGUUGUUUUCUUCGUUAGUCUCCUCCAUAUAUACGCAAGAUGUGUACUUAGACGCCAGGCUCGACGUAGGGCCUCGCCUCAGCGACUCAGCAUCGUCACCAGCGCCGCCCAGGUCGAGCCCCCUAAAACGGGGCUCGACCCGUGCAUCAUAGCUUCACUUCCAAUAUUUAUUUUCAAGCAAAAUGAUCAUAUUGAAAAUAAUUCUAUUGAAUGUACGGUUUGUUUGAGCAUUCUUGAAAAUGGAGAAAUGGUUAGGAUUUUGCCUAACUGCAAGCAUAUUUUUCAUGCUGAGUGUAUUGAUAAAUGGUUUGGGACACAUUCAACGUGCCCGAUUUGUCGGACCGAAGCGGAGCCCCGGUUAUUACCGGAGCCCCGAGAGGGCGUUGUAGGCCGUACACCGCCCUCAGCGCCGCCACUUGACUGUGGCAAUUCAAAUACUGUAGCUAUAAAUAUGGAAGGGAUGAUUUUUUCGGAUUGUGGAUUAGCACAACCUUCAUCAUCAUCAGCUAAAAUUAGUGGAUCAAGCUCGAGAUUAAGUUCGUUUAGGAGGAUGCUUAGCAGGGACAAAUCAUCAAGAAGAAUUCAAGUACAAUCUUGUGGUACCGAAGAUGGUGUAAAUGAUCUUGAGAGACAGUGAUUAUUGUGCUUUAGGUAUGAAUUAUAAUGUUUAUUUUUGGUUCAUAUUCGAAACUCCAGGGUUCUUCAUUUCUUAAUUCUCCCCCAUAUCUUUCUUGUACACACACAUAAAACAGUGACAAAAAUAGGUAAUUUAUUUUUCCA